GCUCCAGAAAGCAAUCCGCGGACUAUCGUUUUGUACAGGUCUUAUGGGUAAGAAUUGACGGUCCAAAACUUAUACGGUUGUGAUGGCAUUAGUUAUUGUUGUUAUGGCGUCUGCGAAAUCGAAACACUGUGCGUUUUCCUUCCUCUAAAUCCCGUGGACUUCAUAAAUGGGUUUUUAAAACAUUAUAUAUUAUAAUAUCAGUAUACAAGUCGGCGGGUGAGGAGGCCUUAACAGAAUCAUGUUUUGUCAUAAUUUGAUGAAUUUGAAUGUUGAUUGUGGCAUCUGAAAAAAAAAAUGCAAUUUCGUACUUAAGCUUCUGCAAUAACAAAGUUCUAGCUAUCCACCCUAAAGUAUGGAUACUGGUGCCAAGAAAGCUGUGGCUGAAGCCAACAGCUGCAACAUUAUUCAAACCCUUUUAGAUAUUAGUGCAAUGAUUGACAUUCACGCUAAACAUCUAGAGGGCUUGAGAACACAGUGCUCUACCAGUGCUGAAUUAAUUCAACAAGAAAUUAGGACCAUAGAGGGGAAACUAGUCAAAUUAUUCAGUAAACAAUUAGUUGCAAAAGCCAAAAUUUCCACUGAGGGACUACCAUCUGAAGUCAGAAAUAUCCCUUCAAUUAAACAAUGGCUGCAAGUUGUAGGAAUUUCCCAACCAUCAGUUGAAGCUUUAUGUGCCAAAUUCCACUCACUGGAGUCCCUGCAAGAACUUUGUGAUCAUGAAAUUAGAAGGAUCUUUAAUGAAUGUUGUGCUAAGGAAGAUGAAUAUCGAAGGUUGGUCAGAGCCCUUCAAAGUGUCAAAAGAUACACAGAAGUUUUGGUGCAUAAUGAAAAGGAAGGCAGUAGUGGGCGGACGACUCCCGAUCUAGCACUUUACUGGGAUUCAUGGGAUAAUGUUACACAUGCUUUGUUGCCAACUACAAGCAUCCCGCAAAAUGAAAAUAUCAUGCACAAUCCAUUAAACGUUCAAAAUGUACAUACGGUUCAUGAAACUAUUCCGCAAACGGCUCCAGAGAACCGCAGUCCACCCUCCACACCAUCGGUUCUAAAAGGAAGAGGAGACCGUAUGAAAUUUCCUGCUACUCCGCCGCCUCGCAAAAAAAAUCAAGUUAUUGGUGGGGCUGCACCAGUGUUGACCGAUUUCCCUCUGACGAAGUCUACCUCUCAUGAAUCCCAGCUAGCCAAUAGAAUCGACGGAAAUGACGUUGUCAGCAUGGAACACUUGGCGGUGACUGGAAGCAGCUCUCCUGUACCAACUUCGAAUAGCAACUUACCUGGAACAUCGACGGCUAAUACCAUGCCAUCUUCUUCAACGCCAUCCAAAGGGCGCCACCGUUUGGCUACCGAUCCUUGCAACGUAGUCGACGACUCCAAUGACGAAAUUCCCAAAACAACUGUAUCCACCCCUAAAUCGCCUCGGACCCCGACCGUUGGUGGGCCGGCUGUUAUGGCCCAUACCAUCAAUCACCGCUUCACUAUGACGUUCAAGAUGUUGACUGUCUGUGACCUCUGUUUGAAGCAAAUGUUCAUAGGUCUUAAAUGCAAGGAAUGUAAAUAUAAAUGCCAUAGAGAUUGCGCUACUAAAGUACCACCGUCAUGUAAACUUCCACCUGGAUUUAUUGAUUAUGUUCGCCAGUGUAUCAGUGAUGGUCCCCAAACACCAAUUCUACAGCGAACGGCUGGAAUGAAUAACGCGAUUGGCAAUAGUAUAAUGUCGGUGCCAUCUCCGUCGAUGAUCCGCCUCACGCCUCAUGACAAGAAAAAAUCUAGAACACAGCCAGCCAUUCACAUGAAUCAGGGAGGUGGAUCUACAUCGGUACUAGGCUUUGGUAUGGGCUCUUCUCAUUUCGAUUCAAGUUCUACGACAUCCAGCUGUAGUAGCUCAACGCCAUCAAGUCCGGCAUUAGCUCUACCGUCGCAUAUUUCUGCCAACCACACACCAACAUCAGCAUCACAAACUAUGCAGUUCCGUUUUCCUGACGUCCGUCAAGCUGAUCGAGCCCAGAGUGUGGAGACAUUACUAUCACCGUUAUUUCAUAUGCCUCAGACAUCGAAACCCAUUCAGCGUAUUUCCAUCAUCAGUGCAGUCAUUAGUAGAAGCCCAGUACCAGUUAACCUCCCAGCCAAUAACUCUACAACUGCUCAGACAUCCCAAGAUCCGAACAAGACCGUCUCAGUUUCUGGCCUCUCUGGUACUUCUGGAUCAAAUUCGACUAGCACCGAUUCAGAGCGCACCUACAGGGUUGACUCACAGGAUAGUCAAAUCUCUGACACGGAAACAUCAGGCGACCGUCAUUGGCCUCGCCAAAAUAGCUUGUCGCUUCGAGAAUGGGACAUUCCGUUUCACGAAUUGGAACUUCGUGACCCCAUUGGUCAGGGUAGGUUUGGAACUGUUCACCGGGGCAUUUGGCAUGGCAACGUGGCCGUUCGACUCUUGAAUAUGGAUCAGAUUGGUGAUGAAAAAGUUCUUGAAUCAUUCAAACUCGAGGUGGCAACUUUUCGUAAGACACGCCACGAAAACUUGGUCCUGUUUAUGGGCGCAUGUAUGAACUUACCAACCUUAGCACUCGUGACGAGCAUGUGCAAAGGCCUAACAUUGUAUACACACCUUCAUUUGCGCAAGGAUAAGUUUUCCAUGAACAAAACAGUCAUUAUUGCCCAACAAAUAUCCCAGGGAAUGGGCUACCUUCAUGCACGCGGAAUCAUUCACAAAGACUUGAAAUCCAAAAAUAUUUUUUUGGAAAAUGGAAAAGUCAUUAUUACGGAUUUCGGCCUCUUUAGUGUCUCAAAACUUUGCAAAAUCCAUGGGAGGAGGGAUGCCCUUAGCAUUCCACCAGGUUGGCUGUGUUACAUGGCACCAGAGGUGAUGCGUAGUUUGAGGCCUAGCAGUAAAGAGAACGACGAGCUUCCUUUUACAAUGGCUUCUGAUGCCUACGCAUUCGGAACCGUUUGGUACGAGUUACUGUGUGGCGAGUGGCCGUAUAAAGAACAUUCUCCAGAAGCCAUGAUUUGGCAGAUCGGCCGCGGUAUGAAGCAGUCGCUGGCCAAUCUUCAGGCUUCUCGUGACCUCAAAGAUAUCCUCAUGGCUUGCUGGGCUUUCAAUGUGAAGGAUAGAGCUGAAUUUAGCAAGUUGCUCAAGAUACUCGAGCGGUUGCCCAAAAAACGUUUGCUUCGUAGUCCAUCUCAUCCGGUUCAUCUUUCAAGAUCGGCCGAAUCGGUUUUCUAAUCAAAUUCCUAUCAUUCACUCAAUGCAGUGCUUGGUAUGUAGCUAAUGAAAUUUUCUAUUUUAAUCAAGAUAAAGUGACUAAUGGAAUAAUAUCCGAAUUCACCGUGGUAGUGCAUCGGUUGGUUAUAUUUUGUCGGUGAUAGCCCAACAAAAUCUGGUUAACAUUUUUUUUCCAACUUAAAAACUCGACAUUUAGGCGAAAGAACCGUUAUAUAGCGAAUCUUUCGUCUCGUUGCUACUCAUAUUGUGCAUUCUAGUAAUUUAGUUGACAUGUGCCAGUAAUGAUAGAUAGUAGGCGCGCCGCUCAUUUAGUCCCUGCAACCUCUCCCCUUGUAUGUGCCUGUCAAUAAAACGUUUCAGUCAUUUCUGAUUUUUCUUCGGCUGUACAGGUGACAAAGAUCAGUUGAUUGCGUCAGUUUCAAAUCCCGUUACGUUUCAGUUGACCCCUUCAGUUAAUAAUCCCGUUACGCCAAACAUAUUUUCUGUUCUUGUUCGUGUUUUGUUUUAUAAGGUACGCUUACACAAUACGACCGUUAGUAUUGCACUAAGCAUUCUUCUUUAAUUCGUCGCUGGUGUUAAUCUACUGGAAAGUUGAACAUUUGUAUGUGUAAAAAUGAUAGCAUAAAUGGUCGACCUUUUUUUUUAAUUUUUGUUGUUUUCCGAUUCCGUGUGUAUUUUACUUUUUUUUUUUUAUCUGUCACCAAUGAACUUUUUCACCAUCAA